GCUGAUGUCCUUUUGGUCAAAGCAGAUGAUAUGCACAGUUACAGAGCAGAAAGGAAGACAUUCCAUUUUUAACUGAAUAUUUUUUAGGAACGGGGACUAUAAAUACAGACUAUGUCUUCGGCAGUGGUGCAGUUAUAUGCAGCAGAUCGGAACUGUAUGUGGUCAAAGAAGUGCAGUGGUGUUGCUUGUCUUGUUAAGGACAAUCCUCAGAGAUCUUAUUUUUUAAGAAUAUUUGACAUUAAGGAUGGGAAAUUACUGUGGGAACAAGAACUAUACAAUAACUUUGUAUAUAAUAGUCCUAGAGGAUAUUUUCAUACCUUUGCUGGAGAUACUUGUCAAGUUGCUCUUAAUUUUGCCAAUGAAGAAGAAGCAAAAAAGUUCCGAAAAGCAGUUACAGACCUGUUGGGCCGACGGCAGCGGAAAUCUGAGAAAAGACGAGAUGCUCCAAAUGGUCCCAAUCUACCCAUGGCUACAGUUGACAUAAAAAAUCCAGAGAUCACAACAAAUAGGUUUUAUGGUUCACAAGUCAACAACAUCUCCCACACCAAAGAAAAGAAGAAAGGAAAGGCUAAAAAGAAGAGACUAACCAAGGCAGAUAUUGGAACACCAAGUAACUUCCAACACAUUGGACAUGUUGGAUGGGAUCCAAAUACAGGGUUUGAUCUCAAUAAUUUGGAUCCAGAAUUGAAGAAUCUUUUUGAUAUGUGUGGGAUCUCUGAAGCCCAACUUAAAGACAGAGAAACAUCAAAAGUUAUUUAUGACUUUAUUGAAAAGACAGGAGGUGUAGAAGCUGUUAAAAAUGAACUCCGAAGGCAAGCACCACCACCUCCUCCACCUUCAAGGGGUGGGCCUCCUCCUCCUCCUCCCCCUCCUCAUAGCUCAGGCCCUCCUCCUCCCCCUGCCCGUGGAAGGGGGGCUCCUCCUCCACCACCUUCAAGAGCUCCUACUGCUGCACCUCCACCUCCACCUCCUUCCAGGCCAGGGGUUGUUGUGCCUCCACCUCCUCCAAACAGGAUGUACCCUCCUCCACCACCAGCGCUGCCCUCUUCAGCACCUUCAGGCCCACCACCACCUCCACCUCUGUCUAUGGCAGUGUCCACAGCACCACCACCACCUCCUCCACCUCCGCCUCCACCAGGGCCACCGCCUCCCCCUGGCCUCCCUUCUGAUGGUGAUCAUCAAGUUCCCGCUCCUUCAGGAAACAAAGCAGCUCUUUUAGAUCAAAUUAGAGAGGGUGCUCAGCUAAAAAAAGUGGAACAGAAUAGUCGACCUGUGUCCUGUUCAGGAAGGGAUGCGCUUUUAGACCAGAUACGACAGGGCAUUCAACUGAAAUCUGUGUCUGAUGGUCAAGAGUCCACACCGCCAACACCCGCACCCACUUCAGGAAUUGUGGGUGCACUUAUGGAAGUGAUGCAGAAAAGGAGCAAAGCCAUUCAUUCCUCAGAUGAAGAUGAAGAUGACGAUGAUGAAGAAGAUUUUGAGGAUGAUGAUGAGUGGGAAGACUGAUCUAUAUAUUAUAUAUAUAUUUUUAAGGUGAAACACUAAACACUACUUUCUGUCUGGAUCUGUAAAAUUAUCAUGUAAAUGUUCUACCAAUUUGCUGUAUAUUUUUGUUGGCUUUUUUGCUUUUUUUUUAAAUUAAUCUGUGCAAUACCUCAUUUAAUCUGUAAAGGUUUGUUAUAAUCCUAUACAAAGCUACUCCCUGUUACUGUGUGCAAGUUUACAGCAGGAUGCUCACGUGAUUUGUGAAUAUUUUCAUUCCAUCAACAAGGGAGUUUAAUUAUGUGUGAGACUGACACAAACCUUAAUGUAAUUUAGUUAGAAUGCCAGAAGGAGAACACUAUUUUCAUACCCUACUUUUUCUGUAUCUAAAUUUUCUUAAUAAAAUUUAGCAUAGCACUACAUUCUUUUUUAAGUGAUGUAAACUUUAGUUUCUUUAGCCCCUUCAUUUUGAAUAUGAUGCCACAUAUGAAUGUUGAAGCUGAUACAUUGCACAAUUCUCUUGACAUCACUACACUGAUACAGUUUUUCAAAUUCUAGCAGCAUGUUCUGCUCAAAAUCACUACAGAGAUAUUAAUGAAGAGAAGCAGUAGCUCACCUCUUCUGUAGCAUUGCUUGCUGUUGGUAAGCAGUAGCAUCUGCAGGCAGGAAUACUAAUGAGGCCUCAUACAUCUGUACUUGACCAAGGUUGCUUUUGUGUUGUGGCAAAUGUGACAGGCUCUUCUCAGCAAAGAAUUAAACACUUUGUUGUCACUUCCAAAAAUAGUUUCAGUUACAUUUAUGGACGUUAUUUCAUGCAUCCUAGACAGUUGUAUUUGACUCAAAGUGGUAUCAAAACAACGCUAAAAUGGUAUGAAGUAUUUUUGUAUUUUGCAGAUUGUAUGCAUUGUUGUUUUCAGAUAUACAAAUUAUAAAUGUCAGUUUUCUUGGCAAAAGUAUGCAAAAUGCCAAAACUCACACUGUAUGUUUUUACAUUGAUGGUUUCUCCAGAUUUUUGUCAAGUAUAUAAAGAGAAGUUACAUUUUCUUAAAAGGUUGAUGGUCCCAAUGGCAAAUUUCUUAGACUACAUAACUAAUUUGAUAGUUUUUUUUUUUUUUAAGAAAUAAAACCUUACAGCCUGCACAUUUGUUAUGCCUACUAGAUUGUGUGUUAAAGUUAGGAUUUCCUUGCCUCUUUACAGUGCACUGAUCUGCCUGAAGGUGGCCGGUUCACAAUUACAGUGAUAAUUAUCUUACCUACCUUCUUUAAAUAAAUUUUAGGUAGACAAUUAUCUGAUUUAAAUACAGUCAUUUUUCUCACAUUGAGUUGUAUGCAUAAUGUAGCUUCAAAUGUAUUCAUUAUAGUCACAAUAUCCAACUAAAAAUUAUGCUAUCUAUAAGUAUACCGACCAAAAUCUAGUAUUGACAUGAUCUUGACAGGCUGGACCUGUAAGAUAUGGCUUGAAUUUUAACCAGUUUAUCACAUAAUCUUUAGUGAUCAUGCAUCUAGUUAUCGUCAGGAAUAAUUUAAAAGGUUUAGUUGCUGAAAGCAGUUAAGUGGUACAGUAAGAUAGUUAAGUUAUUCAAAGAAGGUUACCUUCCUUGCAAGAGUAAUCACAGCACAUUGGAAAGAUUCUCAGCUUUUUCUAGUCCAAACAGCUCUCUGCUGCUAGGAACCGUUUCUGCUUACUAUCAUCUUCAUGUGGCCAGAGGUCUGUGAGACUGGUGUGGACGAGGCUAGACAACUGCUACCCGUGGAAUUAGGAGUUCAUGCAAAUAGUAAUAACAUCAGACUUUUGUAUUCUCUUUUCUUUUUGACAUUAAAAAAAAAAAUAAAUUCCUAAAAAUGUCUUUUGAGAUAAUGCCAAUUCUGAUGUCCCUUACCUUUUGGCCAAGAAGUUUGGGAUUUUUCCAAUUAAUUUGAUAUUUGACCAGGAGCUUCUCUAGAGACUCUCAGUUCUUUGAGUCACAUAUACAUGAGGGGUAUGUUAUUUGCCAAAGGUAAUUGAGUUUAUUCUUUUUCAUGCAGAAGAGUGGUUUUGUUUUUGUUUGCUUUUUAUUUUUGUGCAAAGUCUAAAUAACUGGAGCAAUGGAAUUCAGUUCAGGCAUGAAGACUAAAUCCACUCUACCAAGUAAAAGUAUCCGUUGUACGUCUCAGUCCUCCACCGUCUUGCACUGUGGGUGGCACUAUACCUGUGCAUCGUCUGGAAGCCUCACGGUAUGUCCAGCCAUGUGAUUGUCUGGUAGCCUUUGCAUUUAACAAACUAGCAUGAGGCCUUUUAUAUCUAAAUGCUAUGUGAUAGACAAUUUCAGCUAGCCACAUAUUGUAUUAUGAAAUUCAUAAAGAUUUUCAAUCAUUCAAUUCCAUUUAUCAACUGAAAUUUUGUUUAGUAUGUGAUUUUUUUUGAAAUGUAUAGUGAAUAGGAUGUUGCACUGGUGGCAAUUCAUCAUGGAGCAUAAUAAAAUUAAUUUACCCAAAUAGUA